UCCUGCCUGACUGUGCGUGUGCGUAAACGUACACCUUGGAUGGGGCAAAACUUGUUUCAGCAGUAUAGACUACACAUUUACAGUGAAAAGACUGUCCAAAUUUUGCAUAAAGUUGCAGAAGUGUCAACUGUUUAACCUCCUUCUCGAAGGAUUUCCCCCAGAGCCAAGGACCAAAUAUUGCUGUGUGCUCGAGUUGCGUCUGCUUGCAACCUCCUCUGGUGGUAACGUUAACGUUAUUAGUUUUUUUUUGGGUGUAAAUCGCGGCGCUAAAAUUACAACCUUCUCUUUGGUUCGUAUGUUUAACACGUUAAAGUGUUUCUUAUAAAGCAAGUGACUUCUUAACCACCGUAGAUGUCGCAUAACGUUAACCUCUGAUAACAUGUUAUCUAGCUAGCUGACGUUACGCUAGUCCAGUCGUUAGCUGGCUAGUGUCUGAGGUUAGCAGCAAUUACUUCAGUCUGUCGCUGACAUUGUCUUUUUUUGGCAUUGCAGUCUCAUUUGGUAAAUUGCUAAAUGUGUUGUGUGACCUUAACACCUUCGUGUUAGUGACGCCCAACUAACCUUGUCAGUGAAAUGACACAUUGUCAGCCAGCUACUAUUAGCUUCGUCGCUUGUGAGGUUGCUGUUCGAUAGCUGGCUAUCGACAGGUUUCAAACUACCCUUGUUCACUGUUAACGUCACCCUACCAAAUGUCAUGUCGAUGGGAAUGUGAUUUUAACACAUAACAAUAGAUAUGACCUUAGAACGACUUGCGCCUCUCACUGUUUGUCUAUCAGUGGGAGUAUAUCCUGGGCACUGAAAAAGGAUGGGCUCAUUGUCAGAAGAAAAAAAUCCUCUUGACAGCCAGAUAACAUCAAUUGAUAUUACCACAUAUCGAUUUCCAACCUACACGACAAGCAACACGGUGUGGAAGGAGACCACGUAUGGACUGGAAGUGACAUUUGAGAGCAGAGUUGCCCGUAAUUGCAAAGGUCCCUAACGUAUUCACCUGUGCAGUUUAGAACAUGGCACUGAAUGGAGGUAGUCUGCUAUCCCGCCCGGGGGAUAGUGUGGCCCACUCUGCCGCCUCGCCAUCGAACUCCACUGUGUCCGUGACGCCCACUCCUGAGUCCAAUCGUGGAUGUGCGAAUGGUGACCUGAUGGAUACUUUUGGAAUAUUCCUCCAAGGUCUUUUAGCGGUUGUGGCAUUCAGUACAUUGAUGUUGAAACGGUUCAGGGAGCCCAAGCAUGAGAGAAGGCCCUGGAAAAUCUGGUUCCUGGACACGUCCAAACAGGCCAUCGGGAUGCUGUUCAUUCACUUUGCCAACGUCUAUUUAUCGGACCUCACUGAGCAGGACCCUUGUUCUCUAUACCUCAUCAACUUCCUGCUGGACGCUACCCUGGGCAUGCUGUUCAUCUACGCAGGUGUGCGAGCGGUCAGUGCCGUGGUCGAGUGGCGGCAGUGGGAGCGUUUGCGCUUUGGAGAAUACGGUGAGCCAAUCCAGUGCACCGCCUGGGCGGGUCAGUGUGCCCUCUACAUUCUCAUCAUGAUGUUCGAGAAGGUUCUCAUCAUGCUGGUGCUGCUGAUGCCUCAGUGGAAGAAGCUAGCUCCCCUGAAUCCCAUAACCAAUCCACAGUUGGAGCUGGCCAUCGUUAUGCUCAUCGUCCCGUUCUUCGUCAAUGCCCUGAUGUUCUGGGUGGUGGAUAACUUCCUGAUGAAGAAAGGCCGGACAAAAGCCAAGCUGGAGGAGCGGGAAGGCGGAGACGAGUCACGCGGUAACCCCAAGGUCCGUUACAGACGGGCCCUCUCCCACGACGACUCUGAGUCAGAGAUCCUGUUUUCAGCUGAUGACGAGAUGGAGGACUCGGACGGCGAUGACGACGUACGGCGGCUCACUGGCCACAAGACGGUCAAAAAGAAGAAGCACCGCAUGGGCAUUCCAGUCUGACGUCGUUUGAUUGUGUCGGCGAACAUGUCCAUACCUCAUGCACCUCUCUUCUCAACCUCUUCGGACAGAAGCCUAGCAAACAGAGGUCAACGCUUUGCUGAACUGGGGAUCAUUGUUGAGAGCACAAAAGCACAGGUCUUCACUCGGCCCCUUAAGGAUUGCCUUCUUCCGUAGUGACGUCUCCACAGAACCAGCUUUUUUGGAGGCCAGAUUUGAUCAAAGAUUCACGGGAGGUUGAUCCACCAGAUGUAUCCACGAUCAGACAGACUUGUUUUCUUCCCUCAUGGGCCGCCGUCCUGUGCACUGUUUUCAGGAACUUUUCAAAUGCGAUGUGCUGCUGCGUUAGCAACUACUCGGGUUCUAUAGUAACGCCUGAUCUGCCUGAUAGACGCUGGUGCAGCUUCUCAAAUGUCCCGUCACCGCUUCUCUGCCGUGCCCAUAUCUAUCCAGCACACCGAUAUAAUAACAUGUUCAGACAUCUCCUGGCUCUGGCUGAGGCAGAAGCUUAUUGGGUAUGUAAGUGAGAGAGAUCAGCACCAUGCGUUUUCCAGCCUUGAAACAAACUCAUACUUAAUGGAAUUUGACACUGUAUCGCCCUCUUUCUCAUAAAGAGGCAAAUAUGUAUGCAUUCACCCAUACAGUGAUUGUAUUUGUUGCAUACUGUAGAUUAGAGUUCCUCUAUUAGUCUUGCUAAGUGUAUCACCUUUUGAGGGCAGUUGUGUUAUGGUUCAGUUGUUAAGUCAGUGAUCAGGGGGUCAUUUCUCUGGAGAUCAGAUGGAUCUAACAAGGUCAUGGAGUUGAAAUGGUUAUGGAGAUAAUUUACUAACAGUCAUACAACAAGACUAAUACCUAUAGUAAUGCUCUUUUUUUUAAUUAAGUGAAGCAAAUGUGUGGGAGUGGGCUGUGGGGAUAUAAGAGGGCUUUUGUCAGGGAAUGAUGUUCUGGAAGGGAUCAAAUUGCCUUUUGGAUUGGAUUUAUGUUUGCUGUGACCUAGGGUGGGGGUCUGUUAGACUGUCCUCUUAAUUUUUUUGCGUGUCUCUGUUUUGCAUCUACCUCCCCAUGUCAAUCUUAGAUGUCAUUGUCUGCGAUACAGUACGAACAUGGGACUCGCCUGCCCUGAUGUGUAUUUAUGUGCAGUUGUCGUUAAUUUGGAUUUUGCAUUUGAAUUUGUUUUUUCCUCCCACUGUUUGUUGUUCAUUUUGAUGUUCUUCCAGCCUGCUGGCCUCACUCAUUCCAGAUUGGAGAUUUGGGGAAAGCACAGGACCUUGUCCCCUUGCACAACUCCUUUCAUCAUUGUGUCUUUUCCCUUGGUGUAAUAGUUUACUGAUUUUCUUCUUUUUUUUUUUCUUCGGUUUUUGCUUGUUUGAUUUUAUUUGUUUGAUUUGUGUCUUGUUGUGUAAUGCUUAUGUGUUUAACCAGACGAUGUGCCUGCAUUGAGUUAUCCACCCACACACACACACCAAAGGGCAGUUAGGCUUUUUGACAAACAGAGCAGCGACUCAUUGUCCAGCCUUUCACAGUUCUGGAGUUGAAACAUCCAUUUUCGUGAUCUCUAGUGCCCUAGCAGCACAGGUCCAAUCCGUAGUAAUGCCCUUUAUUCUGCAUCGCAAGAAGACAUUGUGCCCUAUUGAAAGCAUUAGGGCUUUGCCCAUUUCCUUGUGGUGGUUCUGUACCGUGAGGGCAACACUACUCCGACCUCUGAGACACAGGCCCAACAUUUUCUAGAGGUCUUUUGCUUUCUACCGUGACCUUUGUCCACAUGUCAUAUGUUAAUGGACCAAGAAUGCAUAUUUAGACUGGGUGGGGGUAUACUAAUGUAACUUUUCUGACAUGGCCAUUUGGACCUUUGUCUCAUUCCUUGAGAGUAAGCUUUAUGGUGAGUAGGGUGGUGGUGGUGGUGGUGGUUGUGAUUUUGGUGGUGAUGAUAACAUCAUAACACAGUCUGAACUCUUGGAUAUCUUGGUCUCUGCUCAAUGGACUUAAAGGGGGAUACUACAAUUAACUUGCAGGGCCAUCCAAAAAUUCAGAAAGGUGUCGACAGAAAGAGUGGGAUUUUAGUGAUUCCAAUUUACUAGUCAAUUAAAAUUACUGACAAAUGAUGGACUGACGUAAUCAUUAUAAAUGCUUUCUUUUUUCAAAUAAACUUUAUAAGAGACA